UGGACAUUCCCACUGCAGGGAAAUAUAGCAGAGAGAGUGAAGGGGAAGCGAUAAGGAACAUUUUUACACGCUAAAGCACAGAUUUAGAGAGGAAAAAACAAAUAAAGACAGCCAUGGAGACUGCGUUAUGAUAGUAAGUGGAAGGAGAAAGUUUGUUUUUUUGCGUAAAAUGCGGAGAGGAAGUGAAUCUAAACCUGGAGCUGACGACCAUGUAGGAAUUCCCGACUGAAGUCAUGGGUUCGGAGGCUAUGGAGGAUUGCGUACAGGGGGCGCUCUCUUCCCUUUACCCCCCCUUUGAAAGCACAGCCCCGCCUUUACUCUCUCAGGUCUUCUCGGUCCUCGAAUCGACUUAUCAACACGACAGUCUUCGUUACCUCCUGGAUUACUUUGUUCCUGCCAAACACCUCCUGCACAAACUCCAGCAGCACGCCUGUUCUCAGUACCUCGGCUGUUUGUUCCUUCACUCUGGCUGGCCUUUAUGUUUGGGUGAGAAGGUGGUGGUUCAGCUCUCCACCCUGGACUGGAGGCUCCUGCGCAGUAAUGACUUCUACCUGCAGGUGGUGCCCUUCUCCACACGCUGCCCACGCCUGGCCCUAAAGUGUCUCGCCCCUGGGGGUCGCACCGUGCAGGAAAUCUUGGUACCUGAAUCCCAGCACCCCCUUGUGUUCACCACUGAAUGGCUGCACUGUAUCAACAAAGAGCGGGGCCACAAGAGGGAAGUUGGAGGAGGACUUGACACCUGCCUGGUCAGUACAUGUGAUGGUGUAGUGCGCCUACCGUGGAAAGAGGUUGUUUACCCCAAAUUCAUCCAUGACCCAUCUGAAGAGCUUGGUCUAAUGUCCAGCCACGAAGGUUCCAUCUCAGAUCGUCUGCCCAGUGAGGGGGGCAGCAGCCUCGGGGGCUGGGGUGGUUCAUCAUCUGGAGAACUGGAUUCCUGGUCCUGGGACGAGGAGGACGAUGAUGAUUUACCACCAGAUGGCUUGGACGCUGAACCUGCUCUUCCUCGACGAAGGCGUAGUGAAGAUGGCCUAGGUCGGACAUCGAGGCAUCCUCAGCUGGACGGGGAUUAUGUGGAACUGUUAGAGCCCAGAAUGGGUCCCGAUGGUGGUGUCGACCCAAGGCAGAGGUACUUAGAGAUGCACGGGAUCUGUAAGACCAAGACUUUGCCUCUAUGCAGGAGAAGUAAAGCUAUCAAACUCCGAAAGGGCAAAGCUUGGGGAUAUAAUAGAUUAGAAGGAUCAGGAAGCUUUCGGGCUUUCACUAAAAAAGAAGUGGCAACGCCCAAAGGUGAUGCCUUACCACCUCUGCCUCCAUCAGGAGCUGCUGAACCUGGACAAGGAAGACGGUCUUACUCCUCUUCUGUUCAUGAUUCUGAUGAAGGUGACAAAACAAGUAGGGACUCUGAAGUCUUGGAGCGCAACAGACUUUAUUUUGACGGUCCUUUUAAAGAGAGGAGGCCUGGUGUCGGCAGAGAAAGAGAGAGUAAUGGUCUCACGCAGUCAUGCAAAGAAGAACAUGGAAAUAAAGACUCCGACAGAGGUGACAGCUUGGUGGCAAAUGAAAUCCAUGACCUUACAAACCACAAAGUUGUUGUAGAAGGCAACUCAGAUCCUGGAUCUCAUUCGGACUCUGUUUUUGAGGAUACAGAUAAACCACUGAGCGGAGACAGUGAUGCCACUACUCCAACAUCAGACAUACCAGAGAGACCAUUCUCAGUUCCAUCAAGUGGACAAGAGAAUAAUGGAUGUCAAACGAAUACUCCUCAGUGUAAGAUCAAAAGUGCUAAAGGAAGUACAGAUAAAUAUUCUGGGCUUGGAGCUACUUCAACUGACCCAAAGGUGACAGAAGAAAGAGAUGAAGGGAAAACAGAGGACAGAGUGUGUCCGAGAGGAAAGGAAGUCAAAACCGCAGGAUUCAGAGCACCGAGGAGGAAGAGGAAGGGAAAGGGUGCAAAAGGGAGGGCAAGAUCUGGUGGCCGUGCACACCAGAGGGGCGUAAAACCACAGGGUAAAGCCCCUCAGCCGAGUCCCACUACAUGCACUGCACCCACAAAGCUGCCAAUCACAGAGAAGAGCCAAUCAGAGCAAAGAGAACGGGCAGAUGAACCUGACGGGGAGCGAAGCACUGUUAACAAUGAGACGGAAGACACUCAGCUGAGGAACAACAGCCCAGAGACAGAUGCCCAACCACUGCCUGUGUGUAAUGGCCAGUCAGGCACAUCAUUAAUAAACCACUCGGAUGAGGCGUCCGGGUCAGAAGAGACAUGCACUGACCAGGUCAACGGCCUCACCCCUAAAGAGCCACCUCUGCUGAGGGAACUGGAUGCAGAGCUUCUCCAAUCAGGGAAACUCAAGUUAACAGGCACAGUGGACAGGUUGGGACGUGCUUUGGUUGUCACGGAGACAGAUGCGUCUGAGGAGGGUUUCAGUGCUGAGGACAUGGCCCAGGUCUUGGCCUGCUACCACAGGAUUACACGGUCUGCAGCCAAAGAAAAGGGUCUGACGGUGUUAAUGGACAGCAGACGUUCUCCACCCUCCGUCCUCUGCCUCUCUGCACUUAAGCUCUUCCAGGUGCUGGUUUCUGGCGGUCUGGGAUCUGUUCUGGUUUUGUUGGAGGAGCAGCAGCAGGAGUCCCUUCCUCAUAAUUUGGAAGGAGCUGAGAUCCAUGUAGUCCGUGGUACAGGCAUCCUUCAGCAGUAUGUGGACAAGCAGCAGCUCCCCACAGAGAUGGACGGAGACUUCAGCCACUGUCACACAGACUGGCUGUCCUUUAGACUGAGCCUGGAGAGUCUGACGGAACGUUGUGAGAGCGCCCUGUCACUACUCGGAGAAGCACUGCAGUCUAUGGACGCUGAGCCGAUGCCGGACAACAUUCAGACGGUUCCUCAGAGCAUUGCCAAACACAGACAGCUCAUGGCCAGCGUCCUGGCCGACCAACGCCUGACUGAGCUGCAGCAAAGGGGCGGAGCCUGGCUCGCUGGAUUGAGCAACAGCACAUCUGGACUGGCACAAAAGUCACCAGACUGCAGGGCUGCUCUCGCCGCCACUUCCAAACUCUACGACAGCGUGGAUGACGCCCUCCAUCGUCUCGUCCGGGUGUCCAACCAGAGAGGUUGCGAUCUUGAGGCGCUCGGACGGUUAGCAGGACUGGUGGACAAACUGGAAAAAUGCGAUAAGGAGAUUGAGCAAGUCCAGUCACAGCUGGAGGACUACAAAGAUCCUCCUCUGUCGCUCAGCAGACUCUCCCUCAAACAGCAAAAAUUUAAGACAUUCAGGGAAUCGGCAAAUGAACUGCACAGCGAGACUCUGUCCGUGCUCAGUGACUUGGAGGGCUGGUGUGAGCUGGACUGGGCCGGUCUCAGCGACGUCCAGAUCCGACUUCCUCCAGUCAGAGAGAAGCUGAGAGACAUGUCCCACUGUCUGUCCGACUGCUGGACCACCCUGGACAACACACAGAGGCUGCUGUCCACACUGACUGAGGCCACUCAGUGGUGCGAUGCAGUCUCCACCACCUCCUCCUCCCCCUUGUCUUCCUCUACUACCUGCCCUCUGGCCUCCCUCCCUCCCAUCCCCCCCUCCCGUUUCCAGGACGCUCGGUCCUUAGCCAUGGAGCUGGGCGGGGGGCAGCUGUUGGAUCUCUGGACUCAGACUGUAGAGCGCUACCAGCGGACCGUAGCGCAGGUCAAACCCAGGUUCCUGCAGACCGACCGCAACCAGAAUCAGGGCCAGGGGAAGCCCAAGACGCCCUCUGCCAGCAGCCUGUGGGACCUGAUGGGGCCUGAAGGAGAGGGGGACUGGGGUCUGGGGGCUGGAGGAGGGGAUGGUGGGCUGCAGUCCUGGGGAUCCCUGGCAUCGUUGUUCAGACCGCAGACCUGCUCUACGUUGAAGAUAGGAGACGAGAGAGGCAACAAGAAAGACGGAGGAGGGGGAGGGGGGGCAGGUGGAGCCGGAGGGGGGAAGUUCCUGCAGAACCUCCUGAAUCCUGCAAAGAAAAGUCCCACUGACGCCCCACUGCCUCAAAAACCCCCCAGGAAGCGUCACCCAAGCUUCGACCUCCAGGCUCUUCUGGCUCCCCGCAGAGGCACGGCCACCCCUAAACCGGCUGAGUCUCCGGUGGGCGGUCCGAGCCGAAACUCCCCCAUGUCCUGGCUGGGCCGACGGGCGUUAGCUGACCCGGUCAUCACCACUAGCAUGGCCGCAGCCAUUCCAGGAUGGGGAGGAGGAGGAGGAGGAGGAGUGCUGAUCCGAGGGGUGGAGGUCAGCAGCAAGGAGGUGGUGGACCACACCGGGUCACCACGGCAACAUGUGCUGUUGAGUAGGACUGAGAGGGAGACCGGGACAGACAGAGCUGGUUCCACUGCACAGAGUAAGCUCUACCUCCUCUGGUGUAGGAUGCUGAGCUCUGAGAGGCAGUACGUGACCGUCCUAAAGGGGGUAGAAGAGACCUACCUCCCCUUACUGGAGCUCUCAGACACACCGGCCGCCAUCAGGGGGAAGGCUGACGUACUGUUCCCCUACUGGGCCACCCUCAGUAACUUCCACUCGCAGUACCUGCUUCCUGCCAUGGAGGGCGCUCUGGUGCAGAGUUUAUUGCAACAAGACUGCUUCAGCAAAUAUCGGGAGCAGUUUCUGGAGUAUUCCCACUACAUCAGGACUAAACCAGAACUGGACUCUCCACUGGUCACACAGGCUGCAGAUUACUUCAAGUCCAAACUUCCACUGGCGUCCCCGCUGUCCCCCCUGUCCUUCCCUCACUGCCUCCAGGCCCCCAUCCAGCGACUGGAGCAGUACUGCGAAGCUCUGGAGGAGCUGGGAGGGAUAAACCCCGCCUCUGACUCCGCCCUCUCCAUCUUACGACACGCCCAGCGGCAUGGUGAGGACCUCAGGGCCAGUGACCUCAUCGUCGGAUGUCCGAUCCCUGUGGCGGAGCGAGGCGAGCUGGUGCGUCAGGGCAAGCUGACUGUGUGCGGAGGAGCUCGGAGGAAGCGGGCAGGCAUGAGGAACGUUUUCCUCUACCAGUAUGUGGUCAUCUUCACCAAACAGAAGAGCCCCAGCCCGGGACGCACCGUCUACAACUACAAACACAGCAUCAAGACCGGUGAGAUGGGUCUGACCCAGAAUGUGGGUGAGGAGGGGCUGAAGUUUGAAGUGUGGGUCCGCCAGGCGCCUCGGACCAGAGACUGCAUCACACUGCAAACGCAGGACAGAGAAAGCAGGGCGGCCUGGACUCACGACAUCGCUCAUCUACUGUGGACGCACGCCAUCAACAACACAGAGUUGUGUCUGAAGGAGUCACUCUGUAUGGGAAUUUCCAGUAAACUGCUGCUGGAUGCGACAGGGGCUCCAGGCUCUGAGAUCGACUCUAUCUACAGUCUGACUGAGCGAGUCCACAGUAGCUGCUCUGACUCCUCCUCCGUCGGCAGUCAGAAGGAGGGGGGAUCCCCGGCGUCUGGGAGGGACCCCAGGAGAAGCUCGGGAUCAACAAGUUACUCACAGAGUCAUUCUCCCUCCACUGCCGUUUAACUGUCAUCUCAAUAACUAAACUGGACCCUGGAGUUUAUAUGAAGACGAGGACAUCUCCGUUCCUUCUCUCUGCGACUCAAACUGGACUUAGAGGAGCAAGAAGACAAAAAGAGCUCCUCAGACUUUAUUUGAACUUCUGCUUCGUGCGUUCACCCCUUGUGUGGCUCCCUCUCCUCUUCCCCUCACCCCCUUUUUUUGACUCCUUUUACACAAGUUAAAUGCCAGCAGAUUAGCUGAAGCAGCACUGCGCUGUUUUAAAGCUCUCAGCUCUGAUAUGAACCCCCAAAGAAAAGCUGCAUCCAAAAAGGAUCAAAACUGCCCUGUUUAGACCAUGACAAGCACCAGCGGGGCUCUGUGCGCUCCGCCAUUUUGGAUCUGCCAGUCUCAGUUGCUGGCAGAGUCACUGACACCAAAGGCACUUCAGCCACACAGUGCAGCCAUUGUCUGCCCCGCGGCUCCCCACUAGGCCAAACCACUUGGUCUGAACCACUGACUGCCUGGCUGGCUGACUGUACGCAUCACAUGCUCCAGCAUCUGAUAAUAAACAGGAAGUAAUAUGCAGGGCGUAAAUCCACCGUAGGAUUGCAGAUUUGGAAUGUAUUAUGUACUUUGUCAUUUUCAUAACGCUGAAUGGAGUACUGUAGGCUUUUUUUCCCCCCUGCCUGUGUAAAAAUGUGCGGUAUAGGCUAGGUGUGAUUGCAUCUAUGUAAAUGAGGCAGGGGUGGUGUGAGCAUAUACACACAUACACAAAUACACACACAGUGUCCCUCAACACAUGCAGUCAUUCUUAUUGUUAUAAGACAGUGGAGCUCUGUUCACACUCACAUGCUCACACACACACACACACACACACACACUCACUCACUAUGGCCGUUUUAGAGCCUGGUACAGUGGCUAAAUCAACGACAGGCAAGGUUACAUCUAAACCCGAACAGUAAGCAUUGCCUUGAUGAUGACAGGAGCGUCUUAUCAUAUCAGACUGCGUAUAUUCUGUUUCUGAGUUUGUUUAAGCUAAUGGUAUUAACAGGAGCAAGGAUUAAAGGGCAAAUGGUAUUUAGUUUUCUUCAAACUGUCUGUAAGUUAUGACAGAAUUAUUAGCUUCCUGAUGCCUUAAAAAUGCUCUCUGAUAAGUACUGAAUUUAAUGCUAUACCUUUUCAUGUAAGACAUCAAACGUCUAGAGGUCAAAAGGUAUAAAAUGGGUAUCUGUGCAAUGUUGAAAGAAGAGGUAUUGUUGCAUUCCGUCUAAGCUGCCUCCAUAAAAUGGAGAAAUAUGGAUCAGUUUAAUAUACUUUCUAAUGGUUUUAUUAGUUUUUGUUUUUUGUUUUUUUUGCUUGUGGUCAGACAACAGAAAUUGAUCGAUUUGUAAAAAGAGGCCAUUCAGUCCAAUCUGACUUCCCUAAAAUGCUUUCGAUCAGUUUGUGAACUUUGAGUUUUAUGAAAGUCUAAUGCCAUCUCAAGAGUGCAGUGCCUUAUUCUUACAAUUUGAGAUAUCUGUCUGAAAACCAGUGGAACAAGAGAUAUAAAUAACCUCCACUUCUUCGGAGCAGCAGCUUAACCUCUGCUACUUUGCCAGACUCUUAGAGGGUCCAUUAUUAGAAGUGCAUGUUACAACUGUGUGCUUUUUUCAGUCUCCAGACAUGUAAAUUGUGGUGAUACUAUGUCGCACUGAUACAUGCAAAAAUGUAUGAGGACAUAAACCAGAUCUGGAAAGUUUCAUUUCUUGUAGCCACAUGAGUUCUGAAUAUUCCAUACAUUGAUGUUAGUACAUAUUUUAUGGUGGUGAGCAUAACCGUCAGCGAAACCAAUCAACAUCCACUCACCAGCAUGAUUGGAUAGCGAAUAUAUCAAACAAAAUCACGGUUAAGGUACAAUAUGAAACCAUCAGGUAGUGAAAGCUGGUGGCGGGAGGUCAGGUUCGUGCCUGCAGACAGCAGCAGUUUGCCGCUGUUAUCAGAUUUAGCAUGUUUCAUAUCUGCAUCCAAAUUCAAAAAUUGCAAAUGGCUAUUGAGCCGUUUCUGAAUCAAUAUGUAAUUUGUUGGCUUGGAGAAGCCUGUACACUUCAUAGCCUUUAGCUGUUUGGUACAUUGCGUUAUAUUGGAAGCGAUGUAAUGAACACCAUCUUUCAUUCUUACUGCAGUAUAGAUUGUCAUAUUCAAAUUCCUCAUAUUUGUAUGCCGUCUCAAGGCAGUAUUAAUGUAUAGAAACUUUACUUUUGCUCUUUUCUAUGACACACUCUGCCUGAUGUUUACAUUUUUUGGAAGGAAUGUGGAAUGUUGGAAAUGCAUGUUAUGCUUACUUGAUAAUAAUUGUACUUUUGACUGUUUUUUACUAUUUCUAUGUUGAAUUAAAACUGGAUGGAGGUUCC